AUGGGUUUCAAGGCCCUCUUCAGUAUGAAGAAGAAACAAGGCCCCGACGCCAUCGUAGCGUCCAUCGCCCCAUCUCUAGGAGCGAUCUCACGUUCUUCAUCAGUAGCCUAUCGUGCUCAAAUGGAAGAAGAACUCAAACAAGUGUUUAAAAAAUUCGACGUCAACGGCGACGGAAAGAUCUCAUCAUCAGAACUAGGAUCAAUGCUUGGAAACCUAGGACAUCCUGCCACAGAUGAAGAACUCAACAAGAUGAUUCGAGAUAUGGAUAAAGACGGCGACGGUUUCAUCGACCUGGCUGAAUUCAUCGAACUUAAUACAAAAGAUUUGGGUUCUGACGAUGUUCUUGAUAGUCUUCGAGAAGCAUUCUUGGUUUUUGAUAUUGAUAAGAAUGGAUCAAUAUCGGCCGAGGAAUUGCAGAAUGUUUUGAAGAGUCUGGGAGAUGAUUGUUCGAUCGCAGAGUGUAGGAGAAUGAUUAGUGGCGUUGAUAGUAAUGGCGAUGGGAUUAUAAGUUUUGAAGAAUUUAAGGUUAUGAUGAUUAGAGGGUCGCGAUUUGAUGCAAUGGAUGCAGAAAGAACAGGGGGAGCUGUUGAGAUCGAUUGAUUUA